AUGAACGUGUCAUCUGCCAAUGUGACAGUGGUUGGUCGGUUACCAGAUUCCUUCUCUAAAGCGGUGAUCAAGAAUGUUAUCGUUGUGGUUCUCGGGAUCUCCAUCAACUACAUCAAUGCAGGCCUCAUUCACACCUUCAGCAAACACCAGAUCUUCUACAUGAAUCCUCGGUACAUCCUGUUUUUCCACUUGGUGGUAAACGACCUGAUCCAAAUUACCCUGACCGUCAUCCUGUUUGUCAUCAGCUACGCCAUCCACAAAAUAAAUGUGUCCAUCUGUUGCGUCUUCAUCCUGCUCGCUCUUUUCACCACUGAAAACACUCCUCUGAACCUGGCUUGCAUGGCGGUGGAGUGCUACAUCGCCAUCUGCUCCCCCCUUCGCCAUGUGCACAUCUGUACCAUCAAGAGAACUUUAAUGCUGAUUGGUUUAAUCUGGACAACAACCAUGUUUUCUGUUCUGUCUGACCUCUUCAUCACUUUGGCCUCACAGCCUCUGGACUUCUUUCAUUCCAGAGUCUUCUGCCUCAGACAAACUGUUUUCCCAAAUCCCCUCAUCAUCAAGAAGAGGGACAUCACAUACUCAGUGUUUCUACUUAUAGUUUGGAUCACUAUCUUUUACACUUAUUUCAAGAUCCUCUUCACUGCGAAAACAGCAAGCAAAGAUACAAAGAAAGCUAGAAACACAAUCCUCCUUCAUGGGUUUCAGCUGCUGUUGUGUAUGGCAACAUAUGUAGCCCCCCACUUGACAGGCGUUCUGCAGCAAUUGUUCCCCAACAAUUAUUCAGACGUCCGAUUUGCUUCCUAUAUUACUGUACAGGUCCUACCACGAUCUAUUAGUCCCUUCAUCUAUGGCUUACGAGACAAUACUUUCAGGAAGUACUUGAAAAGGUAUCUGUUGUGUACACCAUACUGUAAGCAACAAUUCAAAAACGUGACUUAA